AUCCCACAGUCCGACACUCAUCAUCCGGUCCAGGCCCGCCCAAUGCCAUCGCCGCCGCCGUCCACGGCAGCGGCGGCGGCGCUGCAGCUGGAGUCCCUCCUCCCGCACCUGUCCACGCUCUCCCACUACAAGCAGUUCCACGCGCGCCUCCAUGCCUUAGGCACGCUCCACUCCUACCCAUCCCUCCGAGCGCGCUUCCUCGACCGCCUAGCGCUCUUGCCGCACGCCGACGCGCUUCCGCACGCGCUACUCCUCCUCCGCUCCCUCCCGUAUCCCGCAACCAACGACUUCAACGCCGCCCUGCGCGGCCUCGCCGCCUCCCCGCACCCGGCGCGCUCUCUCCUCCUCCUCGCCGGCCGCCUCCUCCCUGCUCCCGCGCCGCCACGGCCUCGCCUCGAUGCGCUCUCCCUCUCCUUCGCGCUGAAGGCCACCGCCCGAUGCUCCGACGCGUUCGCUACACUUCAGCUCCACGCGAUCCUCGUCCGCCUCGGUGUGGCGGCUGAUGUCCGCCUGAUGACCACGCUGCUCGACUCCUAUGCCAAGUGCGGCGACCUCGCGUCCGCACGGAGGGUGUUUGACGAAAUGUCAGUGCGGGAUGUGGCCACAUGGAACGCGCUGCUCGCAGGGCUGGCGCAGGGGACGGAGCCGAAUCUCGCUCUCGUGCUGUUCCGCAGGCUGGCAGGGAGCUUCCGGGAGUUGCCACCAAGGGAGGAGCCAAAUGAGGUGACUGUUGUUGCUGCACUUUCUGCAUGUGCACAGCUUGGAGCAUUAAAGGAUGGAUUGGCUGCGCAUGAUUUUGCUCGUACAAUAGGAGCUGUGGGCAAUGUUCGUGUCUGCAACGCGCUUAUCGACAUGUACUCCAAGUGUGGCUCAUUGAGCCGGGCUCUCGAAGUGUUCCAUUCCAUCAAGCUAGAAGAUCGAACACUUGUGUCCUACAAUGCUACAAUUCAGGCACUUUCCAUGCACGGGCACGGGGAAGAUGCACUGAAGUUGUUUGAUGAAAUGCCAGCUCGUAUUGAACCGGAUGAAGUAACUUACCUUGCUGUGUUGGGUGGGUGCAACCAUGCUGGGCUUGUUGAUGAUGGGCGCAGGGUUUUCGAUUCCAUGCGGGUUCCUCCCAAUAUGAAGCACUAUGGGACCAUUGUGGACCUCCUUGGCCGUGCAGGCCGCCUUGCUGAGGCACAUGACAUGAUUAUGCAUAUGCCAUUUCCAGCAGAUAUUGUCCUCUGGCAGACAUUGCUAGGUGCUGCCAAGAUGCAUGGUAAUGUGGAUCUAGCAGAGUUGGCUGCCACAAAGCUUGCUGAUCUUGGCUCUAACGUUGAUGGUGACUAUGUGCUCCUGUCAAAUGUAUAUGCGUCCAAGUCCCGGUGGGUGGAUGUUGGUCGAGUCCGUGACACCAUGCGAAGCAAUGAUGUGAAGAAAGUCCCUGGCUUCAGCUACACAGAAAUAGAUGGCGUAAUGCAUAAGUUCAUUAAUGGUGACAAAGAACACCUGAGGUGGAGGGAAAUAUACAGAGCAUUAGAUGAAAUUGGGUCAAAAAUCUGUGAGCUGGGAUAUGAGCCAGAAACGAGCAAUGUGCUACAUGACAUUGGGGAGGAGGAGAAGCAGUAUGCCUUAAGCUACCAUAGCGAGAAGCUGGCCAUUGCAUUUGGGUUAAUUUCUACACCACCUGGGGAGACUAUUCGAGUGAUCAAGAAUCUCCGAAUAUGUGGAGACUGUCAUGUGGUGGCAAAACUUAUCUCUAAAGCCUAUGGUCGGGUGAUCAUUAUUCGGGACAGGGCAAGAUUCCACCAGUUUGAAGAUGGACAAUGUUCCUGCAGAGAUUACUGGUAAAAUGCUGGCACACUGGUCACUUGCAGCCUACUAAACACAACAUGUGCUCCUUGAGGAGAGUUCAAGUGAUGCGACUGCAUUUCUAGUCAAAAUAAGGAUGAAAGUAUAUAAUAUUACAGACUCUUGACCACCAUGUUACUGUUCAGAGGGCUCAUCACACUAAAAAGUUCUUAGAAGAUGCAAAGUUAUCUGACUUGCACGAACUCCUGGGUUUGCCUAAUGAUUCGAGAAGUAUCUUGGAAGCAGAACCAAAAAAAAUUGUGACAACUGUGCAAGCUUUGAAUUCAAGUUGCUCCACGACUGUUAUCUACCAAUAUUCACAAGUCUACGAGGAGAGGACAGGAGCGAUGGGUAUGACACUCGACAACUUUCAGCAGUAGGUAUGAAAUUUAUGUUUGCAAAAUGGAGUCAUCAUUUGUAGUUUGAUGUUUUUAUCUUUGAAUCAUCCUUUCUGAAAUUUCAAGAUUGACUAAUUUAUUCUCUAUCUACUCUAUGACACUUACGUGUAAACAUCCUGUUCCUUAUUUCUUACUCGUUCACUCACUAAGCAAAUGUAUCAACUUCGUUGGGUUUGGAAAACCCAGGAGUUGAAGUCCAAGCAAAUGAUCUAAAAAAUGCAUCAUUAAAAUUAAAGAAAUCACUGAACCUGGAAGGGAUCAGGUCAAUGGUGGAAAGAGGGACACAAAAGAACACAGAACGGUGUGUACCCUCAUGCAUAUUGCUGUUGCAUUUGUAUGAAGUCACGUGCACAUUUUUUUUGUUCCUUGAGUUGAGGUUCUGAAAAUUCUGUGUAAGCCUUUCAGUAAAAGGGUGUGAAAGAUGCCGGAUCAGCAGUUAAGGAAUUGAUCCAGGAGACAGAGAAAAUGACGAAACUGUUAGAAUACUUGAGGAUACAAGUCAUUUGAAGGGUUAUUCUAGGCAGGACAAGUCAUCCGAAGGAGGGAGCAGGUCUGGUAGGUUUAAAUGCAUUUGGUGCACUUCUGAGGUGCCCAACCUUUCUUUAAAUGCUGUCCAGGGGAGUUCCUCUUUCUCAUGAUGAGGAAAAAAAUAGGGUUCUUAGAUUAUUUUUUUUCUAUGCUUUAAUUGUUGCAUUUGCAUGAAAACAUUUGGUUCCCCUCAUCUCCUAGUUUGACCCAUUUAAUUGUC